CCUUGCUUUAUUGUGUAGAAUCCCGGGUAGCAGGUACGUUGACAUUUAAGGUAACUUCCCACACCAAUUAAACAGCGGGUGCUGGCAUUUGAACAUUUCGCCGACCAGCCACAAAAAAGAUUAUCGACUUGCAAUAGUUACUCCUACAACCUUGGACGUUAGGAACUAUACAGCUUACAUUCUUUCGCCAUACCGGCGCAUUGUUUACUUCACAUCCUGUCCGUUCAUUGAACCUCCCUCAUUCAUUUCCACUCCGACGUUAGAUCUAUAUUAUUAUUAUUUCUCAUUUGCGUUUAUUAUUAUUUUAUUCUUUAUUUCGUUAUUCCUUCCCCGUAUUUAUCGUUCGCUUCUAGCCGAUCACGUAAACAGUUGAGACCGAAACACGAUCUAAGAAGAAAAAAAAUCUUACUCCAGCCAGUCGAUCAUAAGCACAGCUUACCUUCGAACUACGAAAUCUCUUUGGCCAUUGCCAUGGUCACGUCCACCUCCGACGGUCCUCUUCCAACUGGGCCUCUACCCACCAUGUUCCACGGACCCUCAACAUCAUCGAACGCAAGUUCAUACUCACAUGACACCGGCAUGGAACCCGGUGAUCAACACGACGCUACUAGAUUGUCAGCUACGAACCCGUUCCGAAGAGCUCGUCAUGGGAGCACCUCUGGCGAUUCCCUCAAGGGCAGGAUCCGGCGUGCAUCGCUAUCUCUCAAAGGUAUCGUUCUCCGUGAACGCCGAGGAUCAGAGUCCGCUGCCGAUAACAACGAAUUACGCCCUACCACCGCACAUUCCACCUGGCAUAAGUUACGACAAGCAGCCAGCUUCCGGCACACACGAACUUCGUAUGGUGGUCACGGUACCUUAGAGACCAUCUACUCCCCCCUACAAGCCGAAUUUCCUAGUCUUCCUGUGCCCGGCAAUGGUCUCGAGCCUCCCAUCAUCCCCUGGCACACGGGUGCCGCAGCCAAAGCUGCUGCUGUAUUACAGAACGAAUCGCUGAGUCACGCACGCCAUUACCAUGAAUUAGUAUCUCUUGCCGAAUCUCAGAACGAUCGCGAAAGUGGGAUCGGAAUCACAUUUACCAUGUCUACAUCUCAAAUCAACGAGCCCGCGGAAGAGAGUGCGCCUAUAAUCAGAAAAGAUUUUAUAGUUGAGCUGCCCUGCGAGCUUGCUGUACAGAUUCUCUCUUACUUGGAUGCUGCUCAGCUAGCAACGGCUAGUAGAGUAUCUAAAAUUUGGCACGGUAUGAUCCAGGACCAACACGUCUGGCGUCUAUCUUUCCUCAGGGAGAAGACGAAUACCUAUGCUACCAGCCUACCAGUCCAACCCGGAACUGGUGCUGGUGUGCCUUCGAUUCGCCCCGGAAAUGAUUGGCAAAAGAUCUACAAGGCGCGACAGGAGCUAGAGAAGCGGUGGAAGUUGGGGAAGCAGGCUCGCGCUAUCUUCCUUUAUGGCCAUACGGAUAGUGUUUAUUGCCAGCAAUUCGACGAGAACAAGAUUAUCACUGGUUCUCGAGACAAGACUAUUCGAAUUUGGGAUAUGCACACUCUGCAAUGUCGUCUCAUCAUUGGACCGCCGCGAGCUGUCAAUGAUACUUCGAUCCUAUUCGACCAAACUGGCCAUCCUACGCACUACGCCUUAUGUCCUGACAAUCAACAAGUAACUGCAUCAGUACCCGUCACCGUCUCAUUCCCGAUCCACCACAGCGCAUCCAUCCUCUGCCUUCAGUACGAUGACGAUAUCUUGGUAACCGGCUCUUCGGAUUCCACCUGCAUCAUUUACAAUGUACGCGCUGGCUAUCGUCCUGUUCGACGCCUCCAGUUUCACACGGCCGCUGUUCUUGAUCUGGCAUUCGACGACAAGCAUAUCGUGACAUGCUCCAAGGACUGUAGUAUCUGUGUGUGGGACCGAUCCACUGGUGCUCUAAUUAAACAGCUGAAUGGCCACACCGGCCCCGUGAAUGCGGUGCAGCUACGGGGAAAUACUCUCGUGUCCUGCUCUGGGGAUUUUACCGUGAAGCUUUGGAACAUCGACAGCGGUAGGGUGAUCCGCGAACUCGCGGGUCAUACUAAGGGUCUUGCCUGCAGUCAAUUUUCUGAAGAUGGUCGAUAUGUUGCUUCCGCCGGAAGCGACAAAGUUAUUCGCAUUUGGGAUGCCAACACAGGCGAAUGCCUUCGAGAGAUACAGGCACAUGAGAGCCUUGUCCGCAGUUUGCACAUUGACAGUAUUAGUGGCCGUCUCGUUAGCGGUAGUUAUGAUACCGAUAUCAAGGUUUUUGAUAUGGAGACUGGUCAACAACACCUCGAUUUCCCCGGUUGGCAUACUAGUUGGGUACUCAGCGCCAAAUGCGACUACAGGCGGAUCGUCAGCACCGGACAGGAUGCUAAAAUUCUUAUUAUGGACUUUGGUGCCGAUGUUCCAGAUAUCAGGAUGCUCGAGAGCGCUCGAAAGCCUGAAAUUGGAUCUGAAAUCCGCGACGCUGGUUACGCUAGUUUCAUAUGAGAAGAUGAGACUGUUUUAAGGCUGGGUGGAGAUAAUAUGUAAUCACGAUCAGACGUUUGAAGCAUCGCUUUACCAAAAGUCGUCCUGCACAAUUUUGGCAGUUGAACGGCGACGAAUUGAUCUUACGAAUUUCCUUUCGAUGACACUUUCCCCCUAGAUCGGUGGAGUUUCGGGAGGGUUCUCCUUUUGUGGUAUGGAACACGGACGAAGCAAGGAGAUAUUCACUUCUACACUUUUCUUUUGUGCAUCGAGAAGCAUAGCCUGGCGUCUUUACACUCCUCACGGGAUAGCGGAGAGACGGUCGUAUUGUAACUUUGCACACUUUUAUCAUUUGAUCCGGCUAGAUCCUACAUUAUUUGAGGCAAGGAAAACAAAAAGAGGAAGGCCUAGAUCAGGAGUUCGGAUUUGCUGCUUGCAAUCUUGGUAUUAGAGGCAUUAAGAUUAUUUUCUAGCCCUCAUUAUCUUUUCAGCGGCUCUAUUUUCCUAAUUGCACACUUGGUGCGCCGCAUAUAGAUCUCAGAUGCAUUACGGAUCUCGAGUACAUAAUGAAAAAAUAUUUAACACGAUUAAAAACCAAUCCUCAUUUAUGAUCUACUGAUAGGUUUAGUAGAUAGUAAGCCUAAUCAUUGAUAAUAAUAUUAACUUCCACAUCC